UAGCGAACCCGAACACAGUGCGAGAACGAUUUUCGAUGCGCAAAGACUGUCGUCGCGAUACAAGUGCAAAACAAAACUUUGAUAAAUGAACCGCAUAGUGCAGUGAUAACGUCUCGAUUCCUUGAAAAAGUGAGAUUUUCUUUCUACAUUCACUUGCCACUUAUUCGAAAUCGUUUUGAAAAUUAUCCAGUGAAAUCGAAGUGAAAAUGUUAGCAGCUUCCCGUGCAGCGAUCAGCAAUCUUCGAAUUGCGCAACCAAGGGUAGCUACGAUCCGGGCAAGGAAACAGUUUGCGGGUGGAUCGUUCUGCAGCCGUCGUUGGUUCACGAGAAAGGAAUCACUUUCAGCAAAAGCUUCCUCGCCAGCAUGCCCUCCCCCGCCUCCGCCUGGUGGUUCCGGCAGCGAAAACUCCAAAUACAUUUUCGGAGCCAUAGCUCUUACUGCCGGUGGUUUGGGACUAGCCUAUGCUAUGGGGCUGUUUGAUAAAAACGAAACCCUAGUGGAAAAGGCAGAACCCACAUCAGCAGAAGCAGUCCAACCAAAGAAGAAAACCAAGUUACCAUUCCCAGCAUCCUCGAAAGACCUUCCAAGUGAGGUCCCAUACCUGCUGAUCGGCGGUGGAACGGCCAGUUUUGCCGCGUUCCGUGCCAUCAAAGGUCACGAUGCGAAAGCAAAAGUUCUCGUCAUAACUAACGAAACGGAAAUGCCGUACAUGCGGCCACCGCUGUCCAAAGAGCUCUGGUUCAAUCCGGAGGACAAAGCCCAGCUGGAACCGCUCAAGUUCCGACAGUGGAAUGGGGUAGAAAGAAGUAUCUACUUUGAGCCGGAUGACUUCUACAUGGAUCCGACGAAGUUGAUGGAAUCUCCAAAUGGAGGUGUGGCCAUUGCUAGGGGCUACGAAGUGCAACGGAUAGACGUGGUCAACAGAAAGGCGAUUCUAACUGAUGGAACAGAGAUCAAAUACGGAGAAUGUCUUUUGGCCACAGGAGCAAGACCGAAAAAUCUUCCGGUGUUCGAAUCAGCCCCAUUGGCGGUGAAGGAACGGAUCAGCAUGUUCAAAGCCGUAAGCGAUUUCGAGGAGCUAACUGAAAAAUUAAGCCAUGGAAGUAAGGUUGCCAUCAUCGGUGGGGGCUUCCUGGGAAGUGAACUAUCUUGUGCGUUGGCAAAAUGCAGCGAAAUCCGAAAUAAGAACUUCGAAGUUUAUCAACUUUUCCACGAGGAAGGAAACAUGGGAAAAAUCCUACCGGAAUACCUAAGCCAAUGGACGACGGAGCGUGUCCGAGAGGAAGGCGUCAAAGUGUGGCCCAAGAUCCAGGUCAAGGCAGCGGAAGUCCAGGAUAAGAAACUCAAACUCACCCUAACCGAUGACAGUGUUCUGGUUGUGGAUCACGCAAUCGUUGCGGUAGGCUCAGAACCUAAUACGGAUUUGGCCAAGACAUCCAACCUGGAAACGGAUCCGGCGAUGGGAGGCUUCGUGGUGGAUGCCGAGCUGCGAGCUCGGUCACAUCUGUACGUGGCUGGUGAUGCCGCCUGUUUCUUCGAUCCCAAGCUGGGAAGGCGACGGGUGGAACAUCACGAUCAUGCCGUAGUUUCAGGACGGCUCGCCGGGGAGAACAUGGUCGGGUUGAACAAACCCUACACGCAUCAGAGUAUGUUCUGGUCGGACUUGGGUCCCAAAAUUGGUUACGAAGCGAUCGGUAUCAUCGAUUCGGCACUGCCCACCGUGGCCGUGUUUGCCAAGGCUAAUCCACCUCAAACCAUUCCGGACACCAGUGAAAAACUGCAAGCCGCUAACGCUGCAACGGUGACGACCACCGCUUCCAACGGUGGAGAGUCCUCGAUCCUGGGUAAUCCGAAUGUGGUGAAGGCAGAGCAGAAGCCGCCAGCGCCAACCGAGGAGGACAAAGACGACUUCAACAAGGGCGUUAUCUUCUACCUGAAGGACGAGAAGGUGGUCGGUGUGUUGCUGUGGAAUGUGUUCAACCGGAUCGGGACGGCCCGGAGGAUCGUUGCUCAACACACGCGGUAUGACGAUUUGAACGAAGUUGCUAAAUUGUUCAACUUGCACGAACGACCGGAAGAACCGGAAGCGGAAGAGGAAGAAGCGAAUAAGUAGAACACGUAGAUCUUAGGGAGAAGCUAAAUUUCCUGUUAUUUAAAUUGUAAUGCGAAAUCUAGCGGUACUUAUAAUUGUGGGCAGUUCGUGGACUGUAUUUUUGUUUAUGUUCAGCAUUUUUUUCUUUUGUAUAAAUAUUCCUAUAUUGUGCGCAGAGCCCUACAAAUAAAUUAUCAGUAUGUAACAAUCUGUCUAGUACGGUCUUUGAUAUUAAACCAUGCUCAUAAUAAGCAAAGUAGAAGAAAGUAUUCCCAAUAAAAAAGAGUUGACCCAAAUGUACUGGCUUAUAGACUGA